GCACACACACACCGGCCGCAACAUGACGGGCGGGCGGACAGACUGACAGACCGGGGCACCGCCGCUCCGCACGGAUUAUCCUCCCCGCGCCGGCCGGACGCAGCGACCCAGCGGGGCGGGGGCGGUGCCGGUGCGGCGCUGCCAGGAGGGUCCCAGCCCCCGCCGGCGAACGGCGAGCGCGUCGGGCGCUGGAGGAGCCCGGCCAGAUUAUUUUAUUGGCUGUGAAGAGCCACGGACCCUUUGUGUCCUGAUGGGGGACUCGGGAUCCAGACGAGCGACUCUUGUGUCUCGGUUGCCAAUAUUCAGGAGAAGCGUUAGCCGGAGACACGACUCCCUGCCUUCCUCGCCUUCUUCUGCCAAUGCCAUUGGUGUCCACACCUCCUCUCCAUCCAGCACUAACUCCAGCUCAGGGAGCACAGGAAAGCGCCGGAGUAUUUUCCGCACUCCUUCCAUUAGCUUCCAUAACAAGAAAGGCAGUGAGCAGAAGCCUGACUCAGCAAGUCAGAAUGUUAACAUCUCAAAUGGUGCCCAGUCCUCUCUUAGCACUUUUCAAAAACUCAGCUUAGACGAGCACAUAAAAAGCAGAGGAAGGCAUUCAGUUGGCUUUGGCAGCUCCCGUAACAAGAAGAUAACAAGGUCUUUGACAGACGAUUUUGAAAAGGGAAAGGAGCCCUCUGCUAAUAAGAAUGUCUUUAUCAACUGCAUAAGCUCUGGGAAGAAUGAGGGUGAUGAUUCAGGCUUUGCAGAAGAGCGAAGCCGAUAUUCCGUCAAACAGUCCACACGAAAACUUCUUACUAAAUCAUUUUCAUCACACUACAAAUUUUCCAAACCAGUUCCAGAGAGUCAGUCAGUUUCCUCCGUGCAGCAGCCCAGGUGCUUUCUGGAAGUUAAAUCCUACGUGGAAAGCGAACCUGUGAUGGCCAAGUCGUCUCCUCCAUGCUCGGCUGAGACGACGGAGUGCAUGGGCAGCUCCCUGCAGUCCCCGCUGCUCUCGGCUGACCUCACGGCUGCCCAGACCCCCUCAGACUUUGUCGCUCUGACCGAGGACUCUGUUUCAGAGGCUGAUGCCCUGCCUAGCAGUGGGCCUGGGGCACUGCUUGCAGAGGAUUUUGGCCAUGAUGUCUCUACCUCUCAGAUCUUCUUUAAUCCUGCUGCUGCUCCUGCGAGGGAGAUGGAUACUGUACAAAGUACUGGCCAUUCUGCUGGUGUAUCUCCUGUGAGUCAUGCAAGCUCUUGCAGCGUGGAAUCCAGUACCUUAUUCAAAACCUCAGUUCCUAAUCAAACAAAAGUGCUGUUGCAAGCCAAUGGACUACAUAUAAAUGAUGCCAGGCACACAGAAAAAAUUAACUCAGAAAAUGCACAUCUAGAAACCUUGACGUUACAGCGUAGUGAAGAACUAGUGACACUCUCUCCAAAGGCACAGACCUUAAGUGAGAGCAGAGAUGAAAGCACUCCAUCCAAGCACGUGAGAGACGUAAUUCCUGUAGUUGAGUCCAGGACUGUUCCAUGUUCUGAACCUCAGUCCCUUAAAACCCAACAGGGUUAUGAAUCAAACCAUCCUAAAGUUGAUCUUGCCAAUAGUCUCAGUCCGUACCGGGAAGGCAGAUUUGUUGAGAAACGGCUGAGGUCCUCUUCAGAAGGUACAGCUGGGGGCAGCCGGCUGAUCAUAAAACCAAGGGAUGGAAAUGCAGAAGAGCUUAACAGCCUAAGGAAGCAGAGAGCAAGCUCAUCGUCUUCCAAAAUGAACAGCAUGGAUGUUUUGAAUAACUUGGGUUCCUGUGAGUUGGAUGAAGAUGACCUAAUGCUUGACUUGGAGUUCCUGGAAGAGCAACAUCACCAUCGUUCUGUGUGCCGGGAGGACUCAUACCAGUCAAUAGUGUCAUGUGCUGCUGUAGUACUUACCCCUGUGGAGACGACAGUGGAUACAAGGAAAAAAGAGCAGAUGAUAAUGCCUGAUGUGUCCAAACAGAAUCUAUCCCUGAAGCUGUCGAAGGAGGUGGAGCAAGGGGAAGCCAGGUACCCUCGUGUCAGCCAGCUGGCUGGCAGCCCAUCUGUGGAGUGGCCUUUCACUGGUCUGGAAGAAGGUGGAGGCAUUGAGUCUCUGCCCUUCAGAUUGAUGCUCCAAGACUGCACAGCUGUGAAGACAUUGCUUCUGAAAAUGAAGAGGGUUCUUCAAGAGAGUACAGACAUGAGUCCAGCCAGUAGCACAACCUCCCUCCCUGUUAGCCCGCUUCCUGAGGAGCCGUUGUUUUUCAAGGAUGGAAUAAAAGAUGAAUGCUCACUGCUGAAGCUGCAGCUGAAGGAGAGAGACGAACUCAUAGCCCAGCUUCGUGAGGAGCUGGAAAAGGCUCAGUGCUUUCAGAAGGCUCUUGCUUCCCAAGCAGAUAAAUCCACACAGACAGAACUCGUAGGACAUGAUACUACAUAUCCAAUCAGAAUGGUGAGCCAAAAUCUCAGCACAAGGGACAGAAAGUCAGCACAUACUCCCACCGAGGACCCUUUUAGACACCCACCAGGCAACCAAGCAGCAGCGUACGAAAGCAAGAGCUGUCAGCUGUCUAAUUUGUGUCUGAGCAGCCUCCUGAAGGAGAAGGAAAUCGUGGAAGUCAUCAAGCACACGCGAGGCACGUACGAAAGCCUGGCUUCAGAGGUGACGCAGAACGGUUUGGCCCCCAGCACAGCAAAGCCGGCACCCGCGGCCGACGGCUUCCCCAUGUUCUCAGGAGCUCCGAAGGACCAAAGCGCUGUGCCUCGGCAGCACACCACCUUCACAGGGAGACUGGGACAGCCCCCGAGGGGACCCAUCUCUUUACACAUGUACAGCAGGAAAAACGUUUUCCUCCACCACAAUUUACACACGGCAGAGCUACAGACUUUAGGUCAACAGGAUGGCUAACGAGGUGCUUAUUUUCUUGCCGUGGAAGGAGAGGUGAUUAAAGAGGGAUGUAAGCUCACCUAGAGCUCUUCUUCAGUUCUCAUCUGCUGCUACUUUCAUGUGAAAAAAAAAGAAAUUUAGUUUGAACAUUGUGUGUAGGUUCCAUGUUUUCCCACCUCGGACUGAGGCAAAAGGAUGAACGAGAUUGUUAAAUAACUGGGCUGAUUUGUCUUGCAGAAGUCAUGGGUUUAAUAAGUGGGACCAUUGGCUGGCACUGCUAGUCCAAUAUUGGCUAAAUAUAUUUUUUCCCCUCUAUAAAUCACUAUCAUUCCCUGGAGUUCUAGAAGAUGAUCUUAAAUAAAACCUGUAUGUUUAAUAAUAUUACCGUUAAAGUAGAUGUGAGGAAUAAAUAGAUAAGUAAUUAGUAAACCCUCAUGAAUUUCAUAGACAUUAGGGAAAUUAGGAGUCAGAAAUCUUUCAGGACCCUCUUUUUACACUUCUAUUUUUUAAUACAGUGAAAUUUGGUCACUUACAGAGUGUUACCACUUCCUGCUGUAUGUGUUCCAUGAGUGCCUCAUGCCACAAGUGGAGGAAGUGAUUGAUUUUCCUCUAACAGGUUCAUAGAGAUUCACCAGGUAUUUGAGGCAGUAAAUUAGGUCCCAGACUGAGGAUGUCAGCUUGUUUCCUCAACCUUCCCUCUUCAACACUUUUAUUUAACUACAUUUCUUUGAGUGUUUCUGUUCUAUAAGGGCAUGUCAAAUUGUGGUGAUCUUUGUGCUUUACAGGCACUGUAGCACUCAUGAUGCAGUGUGACAUUCUGCUGUGUAAUUCAUCCUAUAAUUUCAUUUCACUUCCCAAACCAAAAAAUGUGUGAAAGACUAAAGUAACAUAAUAAUAAUAAGAUAAAAUAAUCUUUUUACCCAU